AUGGGCUACAGGGACUUGCAGAAGCUCGCCAAAGAAAACGAUAUACGCGCUAACCAGGCUGGAGAAGCCAUCAUCAACGACCUCGUGGCUCUGGGGGCAAACCCAGCCAGAGGGCCGGAUAGCAACGGGGAAGAUGUCGCGGUCCCUGCGACAGGGGAGUCGUCGGAUUGGGUUGCCGGCGUCCUUGAUGAGGACAUCAUGGCAGGGGUUGAUCUCGAGGCGGAUGGCGAAGAUGACGCUGACGGCGAGGACAGUGAAACUUACGCUCAAGCUGUCAAGAGGGCUACCUCGGGCAAAUUUACCGCGACCGACAUGGAGGGGCUCAAGGGCGGGGUGGACCGGGGGGAUGGGUGGGUGACCUUUAAGCUGGGGAAGGGGGAUGCGCUCGGUCUUGACGGAGAGGGGGACGACGACUACUUUGACGACGAUGACGAUUAUGACGACGAGGAGGGUGGCGGGGGCGAUGACAUGGACGCUCGUAUACGGGACGCGGAAGCGUCAAGGUUUCGACUGUCUCCGGAGAUGAUUGCCUCCAGCGCGGAGGACUUCGGGUUCGGUCGAGACGCGGCGGACCUCGAGAAGCUGACGAUUACCGUCCCGACGGGUUGCUGCCCCGGCUGCGGGAGCAAGUUCCAGUCCGAAGACCCGGCGAGCCCCGGGUUUCUCCAGCUUGAUAAGCUCGACGGCUUGCUUGGCAACGAGGUGGGGGCUGCUACGGUGAUGACGGCAGAGGACACAAGAGAAGCAGCAGCGGUGACGACAGACGAGGCAGACAUGGACCCGGAAGCAUGGCUGGAGGCGCAGUCCGACAUCAACACCGACCUAGACUUCGACCUAGAUGUAGGCGAUGAGGACGAUGAUGGAGGCGACCCUAGGGGAGAGUGGGUAGAAGGGUCGUACGCAUCUCCUGCAGGCGUCCCGACCGGAGGAGGGGGAGGGCUGGGACGAGCCUCGAGAGACACAGCGGUGCUAGCCGGACGCACACCGACAACAACAACAGCAGCUGCAGCAGCAGCAGUAGGAGCAACGGAGUUGUCAUCAAAGGAGGCGGUGGCGGGGUGGGGGCUGCCGGGGACGGGGAUGGCGGCCUUGGAGGAGGAAGGCGAAGAGGAGCAAGAGAAGCUGCUCGUGUGCCAGAGGUGCUACCGGCUGAGGAAUUACGGCAGCGUGGAGGACACCCUGAGACCCGGGUUUUCGGACAGUGACCUGCUGACCCCGCAGCGAUUUCUGGAGCUGCUGGGCAGCAUCCGGAAGCAGCGUUGCCUCAUCAUCUACCUGGUGGACCUCUUCGACUUCCACGGCACCUUCCUGUACAACCUGCCCAAGAUCACAGGAAACAACCCGGUUCUUGUAGCCGGUAACAAGGUGGAUCUCCUGCCGAAGGACCUCAAGAGACAAAGGGUCACCAAGUGGGUGCGCGACAAGUGCCGAGAGUCCGGGCUGCCGGAUAUGGAGAUGAGGGACGUCCACCUCGUUAGCUGCAAGCACGGCGUCGGUAUCCCGCCGCUGAUGCGCAAGGGGGGCAAGGGGGGUGGCAGGGGCGGCAAAGCGCCCGCGGUGGCGGGGAGAGGUGUUACCGUCAGCAGCGUUCCGGGAACUACGCUCGAUUUCCUCAAGGUGGAUCUUGGAGACAAGAGGGCCCUGUACGACACCCCGGGGCUGCUCUUGCCGCACACUCUGACGUCUCGCCUCAACGCGGAGGAGCUGAGGGCGGCCAUCCCCAAGAAGAAGGUAGACCACGUGACCUUCCGGGUAGGGGAGGGCAAGGUGGUGCUGGUGGGCGGCCUCGCGAGGGUGGAGGUGGUGACCGGCCGACCCUUCCUGCUCACCUUCUUCGUGUCGAACGACGUUCGCCUGCACCCGACUGACGCGAGGAGGGUCGACGACAUGCUGUCUGAGCACGUCGGCAAGGGCCAGAUGAUCUUCCCCCCCUUCGACCCAGAGAGAGUUGACGAGCUGGGACCGCUUGUCCCCACCGACUUCGACAUCAUGGGGGCCGGCUGGCGAGAGUCGGCGGCAGACGUAGUGAUUGCAGGGCUGGGCUGGGUCAGCGUCACGGGCGCGGGGCCGGUCACCUUGCGCGUGUGGGCGCCUCGCGGUGUUCUGGUGAUGGCGAGGGAGCCGCUGCUCCCGUACGAGUCCUGGGAGACCACGGCCAAGUUCACGGGCGGUUCCACCGUCAAGAAGGGCAGGAAAAAGCAGGGACGGCGGGCAUAG